UUUCACCCUAAGCAGGUCUUUUACUGAUGAUCCUUGAAGCAAUGACCCCACCUGGGACAAGGCUGAAGAAGGAGAUCCAUGAUACCGUGCCUGUUUACCUUUGAACCAGCCUGGCAAGUAAGGCAAGGGGAGGAAAAAAAACCAAAGAAAGGAAAAAUCAAUCCUCAGCUCACUGACUCAGCACCUUUCACACUGUAAGCUUUGAACUGUAAACACAGCUUCUGAACCUUCCCUAUGCUUCACGUUCCCUGCUAGAAAGCAUUUUUGUGCCACUUCUCAGCCUGUCAGCCUGCACUAAGUUACUCCAUGAGCACCAUGAAUGCAAAAACCAGCACUGGAGGUGAGGAAGAAGCCCCAGGAAUGAGGAGCAAGACCCUGGAGGAGAGCAGCCACUCAGGGGAGAUCAAGAGAGGACAAGUGAUCCUUGUUGCCUACCUGAUUACAACCCUAGAAAUGACCUUCCUCUUCAUGCAGAUGGGAGUCAUGCCUUACUUGGCAAAGAGCCUAGGUUUGGAUUCAGUAGGGUUUGGCUACCUCCAGACAACCUUUGGUGUCCUCCAGCUUGUGGGAGGUCCCAUUUUUGGAAGGUUUGCAGACCAAUUUGGGACCCGAGCUGCCUUAGUUCUCUCCUGUGCAUCUGGAAGUGCCUUCUUCCUGCUCAUGUCCAUCUCCACCAGCAUCCCCCUCCUCUUUCUCUCUAGGCUGCCAGCAGUGUUCAUGCAUGGGCUACCAGGUGCUCAGAAGCUUAUUACAGACCUGACUUCUCCUUCUCAACGCGCUGAUGCUUUGGGGAAACUGGGUCUUUGCUUUGGAGUAGCCAUCAUCAUUGGCUCUGCCCUGGGAGGUGUCCUCUCCACCAAAUUUGGCGUUUUUGUUCCUACAUAUGUUGGGCUGGUGGGAAAUCUCAUAAAUACCAUGAUAGCAAUGGUUUGGAUCCCUUUGCAGGCUAAACCAACAUCAGACCACAAUGUGACAGGGCACAGCACAUCACAGGCUGGCAGCAUGUUUAGCAUCAGAGAAAUCUUACGCCUGAUGAAGUUUCCAGGAGUAACGGAAGUUUUCAUAGUCAAGGUCUUUGCUGCACUUCCUGCAGGUUUGUUCCUGAUUAUGUUUUCUAUCAUCUCUAUGGAAUUCUUUGGCUUGGAAGCGGUGGAGUCUGGAUACCUGAUGUCAUAUUUUGGUGUCCUUCAAAUGGUUGUGCAGGGUCUGGUUGUUGGAAAACUCACCAACCACUGCACGGAGAGGACCCUGCUCAGGCUCAGUGUCUUCGUCUUUGCUGGUGUGGGCCUUGGCAUGGCCCUGAUGAGGACUGUGUGGCACUACUGCAUUGUUGCCCUGCCACUGGUGUUUGCCUUCAGCGUGCUGGCCACCAUCACUGACAGCAUCCUCACCAAGGCUGUCCCCUCAUCUGACACAGGUACCAUGCUUGGGAUCUGUGCCUCGGUGCAGCCCUUGACCCGGACAGUGGGCCCAACCAUCGGCGGUGUUUUAUACAAACAAUUCGGAGUCUCUUCCUUUGGCUAUUUACAGUUAAUUGUCAACAUAGGUUUGUUUGUUUACCUCUUAAAGAGUAAAAUCCCCUUGAAAGAGCUGAGAAGCCAGUAAUUCAAUUGCCAGGAAGCAACCCCCUUACGGUUUCCAUAGAAAUAAAGGUGUUCUGGAGUUUUA